CAUCCUAUGUGUCAUCUUCCACAUUUCCCCUCUCUCUCUAUAGCUUCCUCCAAACCCUUUUCUUUUCUUCUCAAUUCUCUCCUAAAAAACCUUCUCAAUCUAGUGAGAGCACAAUAAGACACAUUAGAUCUUAAAUCUUGUCUUAUAAUUCCCUUUGGAAUUUCACUCCGCACAUAUAUUCUAAGAGCUUCAUCUUCAAAACCUAAGCUUUUUAGAAUGAUUGAGAAAAUGGCCGACAAUGAAUUCUCAGAUUGUUUUCUCCAAAUCCCACUCCCCGGAUCCAACCCUUCUCUUCUCAAGAAGAAAAGAAACCUCCCCGGAACUCCAGAUCCGGAAGCCGAAGUGAUAGCGUUGUCGCCAAAGACGUUGUUGGCAACGAACCGAUUCGUGUGCGAAAUAUGCGGGAAAGGGUUUCAGAGAGACCAAAACUUGCAGCUACACAGACGAGGACAUAACCUUCCAUGGAAGUUAAAGCAAAGAAGUAGCAAAGAACCAAAGAAGAGAGUGUAUGUUUGUCCUGAGAAAAGCUGUGUUCAUCACCAUCCAUCAAGAGCUUUAGGAGAUCUUACAGGAAUAAAAAAGCACUUUUGUAGAAAGCAUGGAGAGAAGAAAUGGAAGUGUGAGAAAUGUUCAAAGAGAUACGCUGUGCAAUCUGAUUGGAAAGCACACUCCAAAACUUGUGGUACUAGAGAAUACAAAUGUGAUUGUGGAACUCUAUUUUCAAGGAGAGAUAGCUUCAUAACUCACAGGGCAUUUUGCGAUGCAUUAGCAGAAGAAACAGCAAGAGUAAAAGCAGGAACAACAAUAAGCAAUAAUUUCAACUAUAAUUUAAUGGGUGGAGGGUGCAUAGAAGAUGAAACAGGGUUAUUCACGGGCCAACAUUUUGGUUCAAUUUUGAAGCCAAUAUCAGUGAAGGAAGCAACAAUGACAAUAAGAAGCAAUGUUCAAAUGAUUGGGGGGCCGAUGAUGAUGUACGGUGAAGAUGGAAUUUGGGGAAACCAAUUACAAAUGGGUGAUUAUUAUAUUAAUCAUAAUCAAAAUCAAGGGUUAGUGAUGAAUAAUGGAGGAGGAGUUUCUUCAUUGUACAGCCAUCAAUGACAGCAAAUGAAUCAAACCCAGAUGGGAAAUAUGUCAGCUACAGCUUUGUUGCAGAAAGCUGCUGAAAUUGGGCCAACUUGUACUACUACUACUACCACUACUAGAUCUGCCCCAUCACUACUACAACUACAACAGGGGUUUUUGUUUAAUAAUGGGGGUGAGUUUUGUAAUUCUUCUAGUACUACAAGUAGACCAAUUAUUGUUGUUGAGAAUGAGAAUAAUGGGAAUGGGAAUGGGAAUGAGAUGUACACUGCAAAACGGCGUCGUACUCAGAGUGAAUUUGAGUGUGGAAGUGGAAGUGGAACAACAGGAACAGGGGAGACGAGGGAUUUUCUUGGAGUUGGUGCCAAAACUAUAUGUCACGCUUCAGCAUCAAUCAACGGAUGGAUUUAGAUGCCAAAUUUCAUGUCUUUUUAUAUAUUUUUGUGUAAUAUUUUCUUUUCUUUUUCGUUUCUUUGACGCAAUUAGAGCAAACAAAAGUUGACAAAUAAAGUGAAUCAAUCAAAAGAUGGGAAUGAGAAAAAUGAGAUUCAAGUAUCUACAUUUAUAUAAUAUAUAUUUGUUGAACUUU